AUGGAGGACACAAUACGCAGCAGCAGCAUUAUCGAGCCGAGCCGUGAUGGAGAGAGGGCAGAUGUUGCAGGAGAGAGAGCUGUGAAGGUGUCACUCGAUCUCGCAGGCUCGUCAGCACUACUGGCAGGCCGUAACGCCCACGAAUUGGAGGCACGAAGAUCCAUCCAGGCGCGCCAACAGCGUGGAGACGGGGUGCUCAAUCCCGGCGGGGAUCGCUGCGCUCUCUUGGCCGCGUCCCCGUCGUCGUGCCAAAUCUCUAAACCGGCCUCGCUGCCUCUCGAGGCACAGUCUCCCCAGGACGGCUCCACGUGGAUGCAGAAGAUGGCGGCGGCGAAGCUCAUCCAGCUCACGGUGGCCUCGGCCGCGCCCGAAACGACUUGCUUCGCUCUCCUCACUCGCAGAUAUACGUACCGUGCCUAUCAGCCGGGAGCCAUGAGCCGGGAGCCUCAUGGCACCGCGGAAUCUCGCGCCCGUCAUCGUUGAAUGCGGAAGGCCAAUACGCCUCUGCGCCUUGGACUGUCGCAGACGGCAAUAAUAGGCCACUCCGGGGGCCUCGCCUUAGGUAAUGAAGGCUUUGUGAGUGCUCCUGAAAGCACGUUUCGGGCGCCCUGGCUGGAGGGACAGCUAGAGGGACAGCCAGUGGAACAGCCAGCGGACCCUGGG